AGCGCUGCCAGUCUCUCACUGCUAGUAACCACUUCCCUUGCCCAAGAGAAGCCGGCCCAUCAGGUUGACCACGCGAUCUUUGUUGGAAGCUUUUAGCACCAGAGCUAACCGAACAAACCGAACCGAACAGACCGCUAAAAGGCUUAUCAAAAAACCCGGCAAGUCCCGUCUGCGCCGCUCCCCCGCUAUCCUUUACUGGAUGACGCCCUUAAUGUCAUGCACGGUUACUUCGGCAAACAUAUAAAUUCGGAUGAUCGCGAUUCCUGACCACUCCACGAUGAGUUGCUGAACCUGCAUGAAUCGAAAGCACGAAAUAGGCCAGAGAAUCAUGCUACAUUUCGGGCAUGCUUCCGGUCCCUUCUGUCUAGCCUGGCCAUUGUGGAGAGGUUAUUAAAGUGGUGGGAUAUACUCGCCCGACCAAUAUUAGAUUCUAUGGGGCAAGAAAAGGCUGUUGUUGUGGGUGCUCCGGCUAUUGUUCUCAUUGUGCUAGCUUAUAAUGACGAGGAAGGCCCGAUGGGAGAAAAGGCAAAGGGAUCGGCAGUAUUACGGAUAAGAUGUUUGAGCUUUUUCUGGAGAAGACUAAGUUGUUAUUGCCGAAUCGGGGUGCUGGUUUUAGGGCAGAUUGGAGCCAGCGGUUUGGUUUUGCGAACGCCGAGGCUGUGCCUUUGGCAUUUAGGAAAAGGAAGCCACAGGUUAGUCAUGGUUUUCUAACUUUACCAACGAUUAGUGCUGACUAGGAUGCCGACUAGGGGAGUAGGCAUUCCCCGAGAAGAUUGAUGGCUAUGCGGUGCAGAAUGCUGCGCACAAAGAAAGUUAUUCUGGGGAGAGUACUACCCUGCCUUAGGCUAAAGGCGCAGGCUGCGAUACAUGAGAGGGCAAGCCCAAGUUUUCUGAUUGAACUAGCGUUCAAGAUAGCUGCUAUCCCCGGUCAUUCCAAGAAUUCCUUUCUGCCAGUCGGGAGUACAAGGUUCCCAGUCCCUGGGAAGCGGAGUAAGGAGAGCGAUGAAGGGAUCAAACCAGCCGAUACCCGGGCAGAUGAAGACGAAUGGCCAUCCCUUAUGAUCGAAGUUGGUGUGUCUCAAACCAUGCUAUCCCUCCGCGAGAGUGCUUGUUGGUGGUUAGCGAAUUCCAAGGAAAGGACUCGAAUGGUUAUUUUGAUCCGAAUCAAGAAGGAUCCAAUGUCGUUGCGAUUAGAAAGACGGGAGAGGGUUAUCGAUACAGACCGGCCAUCGACCCGAUCCAGGCAGACGACCACACCAAAGUAUGCCCACCCCCAAUGCCGUUAUGCUCUUUGACCACCGGGUCCUCCAAGUCCAUACUCUAGAAGUCAUCCUUGCAAACGCUCAAGUCCUGAUAUCAUAUAUUGACAAUACAGUGCCUCGCGAACGAACCCCCUCGCCUGCACCUACUAGCCCUGAAAUCGCCCUGCCAGGCCCACGGACUAGUUUCUCCGUGCCUGGUAGGGGGUCGGAAUACCAUCGAGCGAACCGGUACUUUGCAAUAAAUGUUGCACGGGCAUUCCUUGUGACUGCAGAUGUGGAGGUACUCGAGCAGACAGCCUGGUCUGCACUCGGCUCGGAUAAGAGUAAAGCAAUGAUUUCCAGCUUGGGGCAUCUGCACAAGUCGCCUAUAUGGCCAUUACCCCGACAGCCCUUGGCCGCUCUACACCUAGCGCUUGUGCAGGGCAAAUAUAUCCCGCCCAGAAGAUUGGAACGAGAUCUACUGCACCAUUUACUAGUCUACAGAUGCCCAGACCCAGUAUCCUACCAGCAGAGGUUUCACCCUAUGUGAGUCGUGCCUGGGUUCACGCUUGCAAAACUUGCCCUUACAGAUUCUGGGGUAGAUUACAGGAAGGUUGUUUGGGGGCUUCUUUGUGAGUGUGCUGCACAGGUGGGGUGGAGUCAUGGUGGCGGCGGAGUAUUUGCGGGUGUAGUUUCUAGGAAGAGGGAGGAGGUGAGAAGGGAUUUGGAGAAGGAGCAGUGGAGGGGAUGGGUAGGGGUGAUGUUGGAGGAUAUUAGCCUUGGAUCUCAUCAUCCCGUACAAAUCCGUAUUUGAUACAGGCUAUGGUGCGUGUACCGAUAUCGUCCUAACUAAAGCUGAGUUGUCAGCAUGGUCUUCGAGAGUUUUCUGUGGCUAUCCCCGGUCAUUCAGACUUGAAUGGUUAUUUCGACCCAAAUCAGGAAGAAUUCAAAGUCAUUGCGUUUAGAAAGAUGGGGAAGGAUUGUCAAUGAAACUGGGCUCACCCUUCGAGACUGAAACUUACGCACACGAUUGCACCGUGUGAGGAAGAUCAGCAGCUCCAAGACAUAAUUCAGCUCUGAGAGAAUUUGCAUUCAAACUAGCAUGAGAAACGACUCAACGCAAUCUCUACCACCGCUCCCUGGACCAACUUCCCGGCAUCUAGAAGUGUUACAGCCUCACUGCGACUCAAAGCUUACUUUCACUCACUCUUCCAAAAUUCAGUACCAGAGUCACCAGCACUUCAGCCCGCAAUGUCCAAUAGCCAGGGGACUAUUGCGUUUCUACAAAGUAAGGUGAUAUUGUCAGGGAUGGCUUGAAUUCCGAGUAUUAUCUCUAGCAGCAGCAUCUUUUCCGUAUUGGCCAUUGACAGGGAAAGUAUAUUAAAGAGGCCACUGCGGAAGCUGAGAUGUAGAGGUUGGUUAACACUGAUGAGACAUUGGAGGCUAAAUUAGAAGAGGCGAAGUAGGCCUUACUAUCUUGCGUAGUUUCUUUAUUUCCUUUAUUUUAUUUUUUUCUUGUAGGAACGACUCUGGGUGGUGGCUACUUCUAGUGAUACAAAGGUUGUUGUCACGAGGGGCGGGGG